GAGGGAACACAUACAUAACCAUUAAGAUAAGGAACUGCACUCAAUUAUUUUAAUUGGUUAGCUUUGCUUGUGAGGUUGGCUUCGUUUUCUGCAAUUCCCACUCCACAAAGCCACGCCCUGCAUCAUCCCCAAAAAACUAACAGAAAAGCAAAAAAGAAAAGAAAAAGAAAAACUAAAAACUUAAAACAACAUAUUAUUAUUAAUAUCGCUGUAAUUAUUGUUACAGUUUUCAUUUGUCUUGUCCCUUUAUUUUUCGAUUGGAUCUGAGGCUCUUCAGAGUUGCAGAAAGGCACACCAAAGUUGCUUCACUUUCUUGGAGUGUAGUUUCGCUUUGUUUAGAGCAAACUCACACAGAGCUUGUGGAAUCCAUAGCCAUGGAACAAGGUUUCUUGCUAUCCAAUUUCAUUGCCAUUUUUCUGCUUUGAUCAGCUCAUCAAGGAUUUCUUAAUGGGUUCGCCUGUUAAUGGAUUGGAUUCUUUAGCAGAAGUUGAGAAUUCAGUUUCUGUGGUAGAUCAUGAUCCUCCUUCAACAUCAGGGAUUCCCCGGCCAUCUCGGCCACCGUUAAGCACAUCAAGAAAUCAUGGGGCAUCAUCCAGUCAGCAUAACUAUGGAAUGCAGAAUAUGGAGAAGCAGCAAUAUAACACAAAUGGAAAAUCUGAGUAUGUGAGCCUGAAUAAAGCUGUUGAAAGUUGUUUAGGAAAGAAUAUCUCCAAAAUGGAAACUAAGUUAAGUAUCAAGCAACCGUUAAAUGCUUCCAAGAAUUGUGAUUCGUCUAAAGGCAACUCUGAAUCAGAGAUUACCUUUUGUCCAAGUCCUCAGAAUAGUUUCUAUUCAGAAGCCAAGGAAAGCUUUGGCAACACUGGAGCCAGUGAAUGUGUUAGUGUUGAUAAGUCAGUUGAAAGUGGAGAAGUUACCAAUUCCUGUGAAUUUAACGAGAGCAGGAAAACCAGCAUCUGUAGAGGCAGCACUGGAAGUGACGUUAGUGAUGAGAGCAGCACUAGUAGUCUGAGCAGUGCUUUGUAUAAGCCUCACAAGGCAAAUGAUAUAAGAUGGGAAGCAAUUCAAGCCAUUCGAGCCCGUGAUGGGUUGUUGGAAAUGAGACAUUUCAGGUUGUUGAAGAAAUUGGGAUGUGGAGACAUAGGAAGUGUAUAUCUAGCUGAACUAAGUGGCACUAGGACUUGUUUUGCAAUGAAAGUAAUGAACAAAACUGAAUUGGCAAGUCGCAAGAAGCUUGUUAGGUCUCAGACAGAGAGAGAGAUACUGCAGUCUCUAGAUCAUCCAUUUCUACCCACAUUGUACACACACUUUGAGACAGAGACGUUUUCCUGCUUGGUAAUGGAGUUUUGCCCUGGUGGGGACUUGCAUGCACUCAGGCAAAGACAACCUGGGAAGUAUUUUUCUGAGAUUGCUGCCAGGUUUUAUGUGGCAGAAGUUCUCCUUGCCUUGGAGUACUUGCACAUGCUUGGAGUCAUCUACAGAGAUCUGAAGCCUGAGAAUGUGUUGGUGAGAGAAGAUGGACAUAUAAUGCUUUCAGAUUUUGAUCUGUCUCUAAGGUGUGCCGUAAGUCCAACUCUGGUGAAGUCAUCAAACUCUACAUUGGAAACAAAAAGCUCAGGAUACUGCAUUCAGCCUGCGUGCAUUGAGCCAAGUUGUGUAAUUCAGCCAGACUGCAUUCAACCAUCAUGUUUCACACCACGAUUUCUCUCAGGCAAAUCCAAGAAAGAAAAAAAGUUGAAGCCAAAGAAUGAUGUGCAGAAUCAGGUGACCCCUCUUCCGGAGCUCAUUGCCGAACCCACCAAUGCUAGAUCAAUGUCCUUUGUGGGAACACACGAGUACCUGGCACCUGAAAUCAUCAAAGGUGAAGGACAUGGCAGUGCUGUGGACUGGUGGACAUUUGGGAUAUUCUUGUACGAGCUGUUGUUCGGAAGAACGCCGUUCAAAGGGUCUGCGAACCGUGCAACGCUGUUCAAUGUUGUUGGCCAGCCCUUGAAAUUUCCAGAUUCUCCCUCUGUGAGCUUUGCUGCCAGGGACUUGAUCAGAGGUUUACUUGUGAAAGAACCUCAGAAUCGGCUUGCUUACAGACGUGGAGCCACAGAGAUAAAACAACAUCCAUUUUUUCAUAAUGUUAACUGGGCACUGAUCCGAUGUGCAAAUCCCCCAGAGGUUCCCAGACAGGCCAUGAAAGCACUUGCAGCAGCUGAAAAGGUUCCUGGAGUGAAGCCUUCUGGUAACUAUUUAGAUAUUGAUUUCUUUUGA